CUACAGUAUUUUUUCCACAGAUAUUUCCACCUCUCUGAUCAAACUCUCAGUUAUUUCUCUUAUCCUCUCAUUACGCUCUUACCAGCUCUCCCUCAAUCUCUACUCUUGUUUUCUCAGUGUUAAGGAAAGCACAAUACAGACUCGACCAGAAUCAUGGCAGUGGGAGAGGUGAUUCUGGGUGCUUUCCUCGAGGUGUUUUUCGACAGAUUGGCGGAUCGUAGGUUGCUGUCCUUUCUGCGUGAAUCUGGGAUAGAUUCAGUGAUAAAGCAGUGGAAGAAAAGGUUAUUGAUGAUUCAAGCAGUACUUAACGACGCAGAAGAGAAGCAACUAACCAACAAGGCAGUGAAAAUGUGGUUGGAUGAUCUGCAAGACUUGGCUUAUGAUGUAGAAGAUAUUCUGGAUUUAUAUGCCACUCAACUUGCAGAGCGCAAAUUGAUGACUACAGACCACCCCACGAACAGCUUUACUGAUUAUUUCUCUUCUUUGCUGUCCAACAGUCACAUGAAGUUGGAGAUAGAAGAGAUAACUGACCGUUUGGAAGAUCUGUGUGAACAAAGAGAUUGUCUUGGGUUGAAAGAGAUUGCUGGAGGAACAUCAACUGCUGUACCACAAAGACUACCAACUACAUCCUUGCAACUUGCACCGGCUGUUAUUGGUAGAGAUGAUGAUAAAGCCAAAAUACUUGAAAUGAUGUUGAACGAUAAACCAAGUGAUGCCAACUUUCGUGUAAUACCCAUUGUCGGAAUGGGAGGAAUUGGCAAAACAACACUUGCUCGCGAAGUGUUCAAUGACCAGAAAGUGAAAGAUUUUGACCCAAAAGUAUGGGUUUGUGCUUCGGAUUAUGAUCAUUUUGAUGUUCAAAAGAUCUACAAGGCAAUUUUGGAGGAGAUAACUUCCAAGUAUUCCGAUGUGGAGACUCUUAACCAACUACAAGUUAAACUGAGAUCUCAAGUAGUUGGCAAAAAAUUCUUGCUUGUCUUGGAUGACGUUUGGAAUGAGGAUUAUGGUAACUGGGAAAUCCUAAAAACUCCCUUCAUGGCAGGAGCACCAGGGAGUAGGAUAAUUGUUACAACACGCAACCUCAAUGUUGUAUCAACAAUGACUGGAUCCAUUGAACAUCAUAAUGUAGAGCUCUUAUCGGAAGAAGACUGCUGGUCCGUGUUCGCCAAACAUGCAUUCGAGAAUAGAGAUAUCGCUACAUUUACAAAUUUGGAAUAUAUUCGUCAAAAAGUAGCCUCAAAGUGCAGUGGCUUGCCCUUGGCUGCUAGGACUCUUGGUGGCCUUCUACGUUGUGAGCAAAGAGAAGGUAAGUGGAAAGAUGUUUUAGACAGUAAAAUAUGGGAAGAUACGUUGAACUCAAGUAAGCAUAGUGAGAUUCCGAUGGUGUUAAAGUUAAGCUAUCACCUAUUUCCGUCCCAUCUUAAAGAUGUUUGCAUAUUGUGCAAUUUUUCCAAAGAAUUAUGA